AUGAUGGCUUUGCUGGAUAGAAAGCGCACAUCAGAUCUGAAAAUGUUGCGGCAAUUCGUUUACCCAAAGGAGUUAUCGAAGUUAGUGGCGGAGUAUGAUAAAGUGCAGGCCUUCGCAGAAUGUGGUGAGAAGGGUGUAAGGCUUUUACGACGAGUUGACAUUGUUACACCAGACAACUACAAGGGAUUCUUCAAAGAUAUAAAGAUGGAAGAAUCAGAAUCCAACUAA